AGUGGACAAUCAAACCUACACACACACCUCAAGACACACUCGCAUAUCUCAUUUCUGAGUUCUACUGUAAAAUAGAUAGCUGACGAAGUCUCGGAGCUCACAAAUCUUUCAGAUUUAGUCUAAAAUACUAGCGAUAGUUUAGCAGUCAAUCUGAAAUUCAACAUGGAGUCUCCUCCAGAUCCAGCAAGCGACCCGGGCAACAGCGCUUCAGAGCCGGCUACCCCGGUCAGGGAAACCCCGGUAAACCUGGAGACGCUCCGAAAAGCGGACCAUCCAAUUCCCAUUCGAAGGCAGACCUGUUCAAGCACCAAUAGAGCUGGACAACCAGACAAGCAAGGUAUCUCAGUAACAAAGAAGACACACACCUCUCAAAUCGAAAUAAUUCCUUGCAAGAUCUGUGGAGACAAAUCAUCAGGCAUCCAUUAUGGCGUGAUAACUUGUGAAGGCUGUAAGGGAUUCUUCAGGAGGAGUCAGCAGAGCAACGCCGCAUACUCCUGCCCCCGUCAGAAGAACUGCCUGAUCGACCGAACCAGCCGCAACCGCUGCCAGCACUGCCGGCUGCAGAAGUGUCUGGCUGUGGGCAUGUCCCGGGACGCGGUGAAGUUCGGGCGCAUGUCCAAGAAGCAGCGCGACAGCCUAUAUGCCGAGGUCCAGAAGCACCGGCUGCAGCAGCAGCAGCGCGACCACCAGCAGCAGCCGGGCGAGGCCGAGCCCCUCACCCCCACAUACGGCCUCUCCACCAACGGCCUCACCGAGCUCCACGACGACCUCAGCGGCUACAUGGACAGCCACACCCCCGACGGCAGCAAGCCAGACUCUGCAGUCAGCAGCUUCUACUUGGACAUCCAGCCCUCCCCCGACCAGUCCGGCCUGGACAUCAAUGGCAUCAAGCCUGAGCCCAUCUGCGACUUUGCCCCCGGCUCUGGCUUCUUCCCCUACUGCUCCUUCACCAACGGGGAGACUUCUCCCACCGUUUCCAUGGCUGAGCUAGAGCACCUGGCCCAGAACAUCUCCAAGUCCCACAUGGAGACGUGUCAGUACCUGAGGGAGGAGCUACAGCAGAUGACCUGGCAGGCCUUCCUGCAGGAAGAGAUGGAGAGCUACCAGAAUAAGCCUCGGGAGGUGAUGUGGCAACUGUGUGCCAUAAAAAUAACAGAGGCCAUCCAGUACGUGGUAGAGUUCGCCAAGCGCAUCGACGGCUUCAUGGAGCUGUGUCAGAACGAUCAGAUAGUGCUGCUGAAAGCAGGCUCUUUGGAAGUUGUGUUUGUGAGAAUGUGCCGUGCCUUCGACUCGCAGAAUAACACAGUCUAUUUUGAUGGAAAGUAUGCUGGUCCCGAUGUGUUCAAGUCAUUAGGUUGUGACGACUUGAUCAGCUCCGUCUUCGAGUUCGGGAAAAACUUGUGUGCUAUGCACCUGUCUGAGGAUGAGAUCGCCCUGUUCUCCGCUUUCGUGUUGAUGUCUGCAGACCGCUCCUGGCUUCAGGAGAAAGUAAAGGUGGAGAAACUCCAGCAAAAGAUCCAGCUGGCUCUCCAACAUGUCCUUCAGAAGAAUCACAGAGAAGACGGCAUACUCACAAAGUUGAUAUGCAAAGUGUCAACACUGCGAGCGCUGUGCAGCAGGCAUACAGAGAAGCUGACGGCUUUCAAAGCAAUAUACCCAGACAUUGUGCGCGCCCACUUCCCCCCCUUAUACAAGGAGCUUUUCGGAUCGGACUUUGAGCAGUCCAUGCCUGUUGACGGGUAACAGCCUUGCCAGGUGCUAGUGUGCCCACCAUGGAGGAAUGUGGAGCAUUCAUCUGAGACACUUUACCAGUGCCCUGCACAAACCAGGACCGACAGCACACUGCACAACUCUCUGUCUUUUAUUUUUGUUUCAUCCCAGAGGGGAGGGCUUUGGGGGUGGGGAAUGGGGUGGUUUGGAAAGAAGGGGGCUACAGUAUGUUUGUUUUUUGGGUGGUUGAAUUCACUUGUGGGGGUGAGAACAGGCGGCUAUAAGACUUAGGGGACAUGAAAAGGAGACAGAGACUCAUACUCUCUCUGAACUGAACUUGACCUUCACACUCACACACCAUACUGGCAUAGUCCCAUGGCUAUUCGCACUGAUCGGUGAUCCUUUCACUAUGCACAUGCCUGAGAUUGUCAACUAUCUGUGGCUCCACCUCUCUCCUUUAGAGUUCCAAUAGCACAUGAGUUAUUCUAUUGAAAAACGAAAUACAUCAAAUACAUCAUACUUUGUUUUUUACAUUAAAUAUAGCUGUGUCAGCUAUAUGACCACAACCCCAAAACAACAGAUAUACAGGUAUGCUUUUUUUCAUUGAUCAUCAGCCUCGUAGUUUGUCCCGCAGUAUAAAUGAAUGCCAGGUAAAUGUGCACGUAUAGGUCAAGUUCAGCCCUUCUCUAGUGUUUUGUUGUAUAUCUUUUCGAUGCAGUGCGUGGAUUAAAAACUUGCAAAACCUUUGAGAGAAGCUCCGUCGGCAUGGUGAUGCAAUCGGCACCUCUCUAUGGACAAUCGAAAAGAAAAAAAAGUAGAAUUCUGGUAAUUCUAGUAAAAAAAUGCAAUGAUUUUAGCUGUCCAAGAAUCCAUCCACCAUGGUUGCAUAGUAAAAUCGUGUAAGACCAUCUGCUAUUAAUCCUUCUCUGGACGGGGGCUCUGGAGGAACGAGGGCACCACUACUUUGGAAAGGGUCCAUUCCACCUGUUUUAUAAUGUACUACAGGGUAUACGGUCAUAAGUACUUAUUAUACAGAAAAAAAAGUAAUGUUUAUAGAAUCUAUUUUAAAUAACAUGUAUGAUAUUAGCAGUUAGACUAUUCUUAAUUGUUGAAUUGAUAAGGCACUUUUAUUGCACCUUUCUUUAAUUUAAGACUUGUAUAUUACCUAGUGAUAUGUUGCAUGUGCACAAGAAGUACAAGUUGAACCACAGUCUCAGAGGCUAAUCCUGAGGGUCCCAGAUAAACAGUUCUGGGUCUAGGAUGGGCAAAGGCACCACGGGGGUUCUGCUUAGAAAGCUGGUAUGGCUGGAUAACACUGAGAUAACACACAGAUUUGAUCACGCCUUCACCACACCCUACACACAGACGUACAUAUUGUGGUAGAAGAGUGAUGAAACGUUUGGAUUACUUUCUCAUGUCUGUUUGCCAACAUUGGAUUGAAUGGCUCAGAAGCUGUUCUCAACCCAAUGGUUCUCUCUAGUGGAAGAUACAGAUAUAGCAGGCUAAAAGAGCUGGGAGCCGACGCAUCACAAUGUAUAAACGUCAGACACUCUGACCAUGUAAUACGCCUCUUGAGCCCAUCAUGUUGGAGUGCAUACUGCACAUGAAGGAGGGACUGUAAAGGCCUCCUUAUGAAGGCCUCCGGCCAGCCAUGCCAUUUCAUAUGGGACAGAAGGAAGGAGAUGGGUAAUUAUUCAAAGCCUUGUCUGGUAGUAAAGCUUCUAUUUUUGUAACAUGUACAGUGAGUAAACUCAUGAAAGAGAGGGGGAGAGAACAAGAUGUCAGGUAGCACUUACUAUAUUUCCGCAAUAAUUACUGUAGAGUAGCUGUUCUGUGUAUGAUUAGGAGAGAAACAUGACAAUGGUGGAACAAGUGCUAUUUUCAGAAUGCUUUGUUGUUGUGGUUCUGUUUCGUUCUGUGCAUUUUGUUUGUGGGUGUGGUGGUGAAGAACUACACUAACCCUGGAUGUGCCAUACAGUAGCUGUAGCCCCAGUUUUGCAAUUGACCUGCCCGUGUUGUUCAAUGGAUUGGUCUGACAUCUCAGUGGUUACUUAAAAUCCGCCCCAAUAAUCCGAAAGUCCCUUCAGAAACCCGUCAAAGCAUGAAUAUAGUUUAGAUGCCACCCUCAGCGUAGCACUUUUGUUUUUGUUGUUGUUUUUGCACAUGAUCAUUCCUUUGCCGUGCAAUUUGUUCAAGACCUACAGUCUUGUGCUGUCACCCCUCAGGGAAGAGUUUCUUUACACAUUAUGUUUGAGAUGAUAUAUUAUGUUUAAUUUUUGUUUCUUAUUAAGGUUAGAGGAUGUUUUGUUCUGGGAUGUUUGACAAUAAGCAGGAAAGAGCAGCAUGUCAUAUGCAUUAGCACUACUGUAGAGUAUCAUAGUACUGCAGAGCUGGUAAACAAUAGUUGGUAAACAACACAAAUAAUCCUCAGAUUCAAACUCAAAACAAACAAUACAGUAAUUGCAUAAUCUCUGACCUCGGUUUUCCCAUCAGCCAUUUGAAUUACCAUUUUAUUUGACUUUCUGUAUUUCUAAUACAAUCAUGAGGAAUCUCUCCGUACUCAAAUGUUGUCAUCAGGGUCAACUAAUGACAAUGCCUGUCGUCGUUAGAGAACCAAAUAAACUAAUAUAGGCAAUAUGCAUUUUGUGUUUAGGUUGUAUUGGAUUUCCUUUACCGAGUAAUUAUUUCAGUAUUGUGUCAAAGCUCUGGAUAUUUGACCACUAGCAACCCAGUUGGCUCAACAACAGAACAACAGUCUCAAACUAACAAUGACUGACAAUCCAGCGAGGUGGGCUAAUGACCCUGCAGUGAGAGCAGAGCAGAGGCAGACAUGGAUGCUCAGGGAGCCCUCAGGUAGACAACAGAAGCAGCUCUCUGUUGUCCGGACAGCUGCGUAGCAUGUGCUUGAACAUCUCCUUAAUUCAUCGGCGCUUCAUAAUCUCUGACAGUUUCCAAUUUAUUAUAGGCAGCUGAAUUUGAGCGUAGUUCACCGAACAUGUUGCUCCCAUUUGGAUGAUGAUGAUGAGAUGUCUCUCAGAUUAAGAUUGACCAGGUUUGCAAUUUAUGUUCACUCUGCUGUUGUCGGCUCUCUUUUCAAACUCUUCAGUGCUCUUAUUUUGAAUAGUUUAUUCCAUUCUUUUCCCUAAUUUGAUAGCAAGGUCAUAGUGCUCAAGGUCUGACAAAAACCAACACCUAGCCCCUGACUAAGAUAGACACCUUCACAAUUUGUAGGAUACAGUAGCUACUUCAGUGGAGAUACUUUUUCUGGACAUCUGUGUGUAUCUGAAGGUCUUAUUAUUGUAGCAUGAAGCCCAUAAGUGUAGCUAUCACUUUCCCAGUUUGACUCCUGCUAGGUGUGGAUUGUGAUAAAGGAUCAUGGAGAGAAAGAUCCCAAACUUGACUUUCAUGUUUAACAUGAUAUAACAUGGUAGAGUGUUGGUAGUCCUUAUUUUCAUUUCGGACAUGUUUGGCAAAAGAGUUUGCAACUGAAGCUGUGUACAUACAGUAACCUGUAAUUACUCUAUAUCUUCUCUGUUGUCCCUGUGUAAAAAGCAAUACUUGUAGAGUGUGUGUAUGUGUGUGUCCUUACAGUGUGUAAAAGACAACCCCCAGACAAGGCUUUAAUAAAGGAGGAACAGGGUUAUAUGAAUACGGAGGCAGUAGCUUUAGAACAUGUUUUUCUAGUCUGAGCUUGGUCCAGCCACAAUACAAUAAGUUUAAGGUUUAUCAGCUUGACAUAAUGUCACUAACAAUCCACAGUCUCUAAAGCUCUCUAGAGCUAGUGACUAACCAUUCACAUAUUUGGUGCAUAAAUACAGGUAAUGAAAACAGCUUGAUCAGUGUUCCAUGCCACCAUCUCAACAUGACUACCUGACAACAGUUAUUACCUAUUGACUUUAGAUUGUAAUGGUAGGUGUUAUGUCAUGCUUAAAAGUAUACCAUGUUCUCUUCCCAAAUGUAUCAAUCAAUUUUGUUGCAUUAUAGCUAUCAUUUUCCAAAGCACAGCUGAUAAAGUUUUAAGACUAAAUGCAUUUAAGAAGAAUACAUAAAAAAAAUAUUUUAAAAAAAAUUCUAGCCAUAAUCGAAUGUUGAGCAAUAAUAAAUGUGGUGUAUUUUUUUUCAUUUUGUGCAUAAGCUCCAGACAUCUGCAUGUAAAUGCACCUUUUAUUCAUCAUGUUUAGUUGGUUAUAUUUGGUGAUUUAUUUUCCUUGUCUGUAUAUUUGACUAGUUCUGUUCCCAGGUGGAGAACUAAGUAAUUAAUUUGGCCUGUAUACUAUACAUCUUAAUUUCUCUCUCCCUCAUUCUCUGCUGUUUAUUCACAAUAUUUAAUGUUAUUAUUGAUCACAUGUAUAAAGAUAACUUUGUAACUUCUGUCUGCAUAGGUAAGAAGAAAAUACUGCUACUAAGGCCUACCCAGUGCAAAUAUUAUCUGUUUAUCAAAUACACCAUGUUGUACAAUAUCUGUUACUAGUAUGCUUCUCUCCUUGAGGAUUAGUUUGUUAGAGGUAAGGUGUGCCGCCAUUUAUUUUGUGUUAUCCUGAUGUGUGGUGCUAGGUAAGUUAUUUUGAGGACAAAGUCUUGAUUCCUAGACCAGGCCACCCUAGGAGUCCAUUCAUUUCAUUGAGUAUUGGUGCAUUAUUGAUAUUAGGACUAAAUAAAUGAUAAUGAUUAUGAUAGUGGUAAAAUGACCUGGCCAGUACCUGCAUCAGUGUGCUUGUCUUGGGAUAAGGCUUUUAUUUCCUUCUCACAAAAAACUGUAUCCGCUAAUUAACAAAUUAUAUAAGGUUGCUUUUCUGAUUUCCGCAGAAAAAAAGAAAUGUUAAGGCUGAAACAGUAGGAUUUUGGUUUUCUAAUUGUAAAAACCACUUGCUGAAGCAGUAGCAAAUGCAAACAUUAGUGUUUACAGCUGCAUAGCACUUCAAUCUGACUGGUAAGUACAAUGUUGAUGUCAUUAGACAUAGCCUCAUUACAACCUUUUCAUUUCACAUUUAGAAAGCUCUGAAACAGGGUUCCUUGAAACCAGUGUCAUUGAUCCUGUGCACCCUAGUUAAGUGGUGGUAAUAUAAAAAAUGUACAUGAAAAUAGCUUGCCAUGUGAGAAAGCAAGUAUUUUCUUGACCUUUUCUUUUAACUCUGUAGCAAUUAUAAACCAGAAUAUGAUUACAAUAAUACACAAUGUACCAGACUGAGUGCCUCUCAGUAUAACAAGAUGUGCAAAUGGUUUUCAUUGUGUUUUUGUGUUUUACAAACAUGUAAUAAUCUCUGUCUCCACAGUUUUCAUAUUAUUUGUUCGUACUUACCUGUAAUUUCCAUGUGUAAUUGAGGCACCAUGUAAGCUAUGUCUGUUACAAUUCCCUUUUUAUGAGUAAUUGGAAAGGUAAUCAAAUAUUGACAAAUGCAUUUUUGUUGAUUUCAUUUGAUGAUUACCUGCACAAUCAUGUUUUGGAUCACCCAAAAUAAUGGACAAUCCAUAAUAACAUUUGUUCUUUGUUUUGUGUUUGGCAACUUUAGAUUUUUUAUUGACAACAUAAAAUGGACUAAUGCAUUGUAUUUUAACUAUCUGUGUGUGUAAAGAUCCAUAAAGCACAACUGAAUUCCUUGUUCUAUGUUUAGUGUGAGCUCAUUGGUUUAAAUGCUUAGUAUAAAGGGUGGAGUGUGUGGGAUAUUGUUCCAUGCAAAAGCAGUUCAAACUAUGGUAAAGACAAGACUGGUGUGUGGUUGUCACAAAUUUCUUAAGUCACAUGUUUGCUACUGAUGUUAAAAUUGGGACAGAUGAUCAUGUACCUUUUUUAUUCAGCUCUUUUGAACUCUCUUUAGCAGGUAGUCUAUUCACAAAUGUAGUUUUACUCCUUCUUGUCUGAUUCUUAAAUAUGGAAAUAAGUAUUUUGAUUCAUUUUGUAAAUACAGCUGUAAAGAAAAAUAAGAAAUGUAAUGUUGUCUUUUAAAUACUUUUCAUUCUAAUAUGAAUGUUGUUAUAUUGUACUUAGAAACUGUACCUUUAAUAUGACCUUUAUUAAAAGUGCAUUGGACACAUCGAUUUUAGAUGUGCUUUAUGUGCUGUUAUCCCAUAAUAAAAUGUACCGCUUGUAAUGGGCUCCUGUCUUCUGUCUAUCUCAAUAAAUCAAUAUGAAUCCAA